AUGAAUUUUGGGUAUCUGGUCACCAUUGUGCCCUCAGGUUCUGGCACAAUGUAUUCCUCUCUGACCCUAGACACGGCUGUCAUCAGUCCCCAGGACCCCACGCUCCUCAUCGGCUCCUCCCUGCAGGCCACGUGCUCUGUGCACGGGGACACACCAGGGGCCACCGCCGAGGGCCUCUACUGGACCCUCAACGGGCGCCGCCUGCCCCCUGAGCUCUCCCGAAUGCUCAAUGCCUCCACUCUGGCCCUUGCCCUGGCCAACCUCAACGGAUCCAGGCAGCAGUCGGGGGACAACCUUGUGUGCCACGCCCGUGACGGCAGCAUCCUGGCCGGCUCCUGCCUCUAUGUUGGCCUGCCCCCAGAGAAACCCUUCAACAUCAGCUGCUGGUCCAAGAACAUGAAGGACCUGACAUGCCGCUGGACGCCGGGGGCCCACGGGGAAACCUUCCUCCACACCAACUACUCCCUCAAGUAUAAGCUGAGGUGGUAUGGGCAGGACAACACAUGUGAGGAGUACCACACGGUGGGACCUCACUCUUGCCACAUCCCUAAGGACCUGGCUCUCUUCACACCCUACGAGAUCUGGGUGGAGGCCACCAACCGGCUGGGCUCAGCCCGCUCUGAUGUGCUCACACUGGACAUCCUGGAUGUGGUGACCACCGACCCCCCGCCGGACGUGCACGUGAGCCGUGUAGGGGGCCUGGAGGACCAGCUGAGUGUGCGCUGGGUUUCGCCGCCUGCCCUCAAGGACUUCCUCUUCCAAGCCAAGUAUCAGAUCCGCUACCGAGUAGAGGACAGCGUGGAUUGGAAGGUGGUGGACGACGUGAGCAACCAGACCUCCUGCCGCCUGGCGGGCCUUAAGCCCGGCACCGUCUACUUCGUGCAAGUGCGCUGCAACCCCUUUGGUAUCUACGGCUCCAAGAAGGCAGGGAUCUGGAGCGAGUGGAGCCACCCCACCGCUGCCUCCACUCCCCGCAGCGGUGAGCACUCCAACAGGGCUAGGUGGUCCCGGGACCAGCCACAAACCAGUCUCAAACCAGCCUGGGCCUCCGUUCCCUUGUUUCCGCCAAGAGUGCAGAGGUCUCAAACUCGUGAACCCUGGGGCCACAUGUGGCCCCUGGAUCUAUUUUCUUGGCCUUGGCGAGCCUGGAUGCAGAAGUCACAUAAGACCCGCAACCAGGACGAGGGGAUCCUGCCCUCGGGCAGAAGGGGCGCGGCGAGAGGUCCUGCCAGAUAAGCUCUAGAGGCUGGGGCUGCCCUCCCUGCUGCAUGGAGACGCAGGGGCCACACCCAGACUGGGGGCCACCUCUGUACCCCCACCUCAGGGUGCUCCAGCCCUCUCAGCAAUUGGAGCGAGCACUCUGAGCUCUGAGGGCCACACCAGCUCUGGCCUCCAUGUGAGGCGCACCCCAGUGGAGGGUGUAUGUGUUUGUGAGGGUGGGCCGCCUUGCAGAACACCUGCCAGGGCUGGGGGUGAAGAAGGCCAUCCCCUACCCAGGGCCCCCUCCAGUCUUUUUAAAUAAACAAGCUAUUUAGCUGC